CUGACACUUCGUUACGGCAACCUCCGUUACAGCAACAUCUACUCUCGGAGCUGCAACUUUGAAACUUUCUCCUGACACGUGAUAGACGAUUUACCUUUAGGGAUUCGAAUGUAAAUCCUCAAAAAAUGCUUCUUCUUUGUGAUUACAGCAGAUUUUAAACCGUAAUCUGCAACAUGCAGUCGUCUCUGACGAAAGGUGUGGUGACCAAAGCCACCGAUUUUUCUAUAGCGGCGAUUAUGGCUAAAGAAAAACCGGCCGAGAAGGAACUUGAUGAGGCCUCUCUCCCCACAGGAUUAUCCGAAGUGGGUUUAUGGCCGGUCGAUUAUCCAGAAAAGGAAGAAGCUAGUCCGAUCUGUAGUCCCGCUACUUCUCCAACGAUUUUUGAAUCGGAACGUACUUGUGUAGAAGAUAGCAGAUCCGAUAGCGAGGACAAUGCUGAAUCUGUGGGAAAGACAGUUAUAAAUCCUUAUACCGAUGCAUUAAAACCUCGAUGUAACAGCGAUAGUUUAAAAAAAUCAGAAUGCCACUUAGAAAACAAGGAGCUAUGGGAGAAAUUCCACGAAUUAGGAACUGAAAUGAUUAUAACAAAAUCUGGCAGGUUAGUUUUUCAUAUCUAA